GCCACCAUCGGCUGCACAACACACGUGAUCCAGUCAGUUGACAAGGCUACAUCCAUGGGCAAAACACGGCAGUAGAUCAGAAAGACAGGCGAUAUGGACCAUCAUCGGGUUGACAGGGUGGGCCUGCUGUCCCCCCUGGAGGAGUCCAGCGCUGAGAUAAGCAGAGACAGCGGCAUUGUCUCACAAAGUGCGAGCAGUUUGUCCAUGGUGAGCGAAAUCCUCAGCAGCGGUACCGUGUCGCAGAGCCCCAGUUUUGGCGCAGUAGCUAACGUUAUCUCUCAAAGCCCGAGCCUCAACGAAGCAACAGAGCCCGGGACACCCGACCAGCUGUACCCGGAGCAGGACGACGAACUCCUGAGACACACGGCUCUCAGCUACUCCUCCUACAUCAGGGCAACAGCCGGAGAAGAGAUUCUGUGCUUGGACAAGAGCUUGGAAGAAAUGCUGACAAGAGUUGAUGAGUUUGUUGGAAUGCUGGAUAUGAUUCGUAAUGAUACCUCCCAGAUAGUGAAUGAAAACCUACCUCAAAUCCAGCAGAAGUCAGAUGAAAUGAGACAAAUAUACAGAAGAAUUGAUAAACUUGAGGCCUUUGUAAAGAUGGUGGGAGCCAACGUCAACGCGAUGGAGGAUCAGGUCAUGCAGGCAGAGGGAGAACUAGGAACACUGCCGGGUGCUUUCAAGAAGAUCCUCCGCACAAUGAGUGUCCCAGGCUUCUUAAAUAAACCGGCCAGCCCAAGAAGAACAGCACCACAUCAGCGUCAGGAGAUCCCCAGUGUGUUCCAGACAGACGAUUAUUUCACAUCACUGCCAGAGCAGUAACACGCUAUAAGAUUUAAAACAACAUGUGGUUUUAACCUCAGAGGCCUAUUGGGUGAACUGUAGAGACAACUUUUACUGCCAUCCGAUUGUAAGAUGAUCUAUUGGUGCAACGGCCUCAACGAAGCAAUAGUAGCCUUUCUGAACAAGUCACUGAAAGUCAAGUGCGGGAAGACAUUCUGCAUUUGUUGAGUGUCGUUUUCCUGGCAGCAACAAGCACUGAGCUGUAGCAAAAUGUUUUUAAAAGUGCCUAAAUGGGUUUUAUCUCUGUCUGGCUUGUUUUCACCAUUUGUGAAGAAAACCAUGUUGGAUUUAUGACAAGUCAGGAGGACAAAGUCAUCCCACUUGCCAAUAGGACACUGUAACCAAGGUACAAUAGGAGGGGUUAUUAAGAUCUUAAGAUGUAUUACAUAAAUAAUUAACCCAGCUUUUUUAUAAAUAACAUUCCUGUUACUGGUGUUUGUAAAGACCUGCACGCCGUUAUGAAUUAAUCUGUAUUUUUAAUGUCUCAUCACUCUACCCCAUGCAAUAUUGAUCUCAUCCAGCAUUUAAUGUCUUCCAUUUCAAAAUAUUAGCUUUAUUGCUAGCUGAAUUUACUGGCUAUGGGGGACAUUUUCCUCAUUGAUAUGGGGCUACAUCUUUGAAAGCACCUUUUUAAAUAUAUACAAAGCACACAAUAGAUGAGUUGUUAGGUCGUAGUUGAUGAUGAACGUUUGUGCAAGGGGUGGAGCUGUGAUUGAGUUUUGUAACAAUAACUGGAGGAAGCUUUGCUCUCGUCAUUGGGACUAGUACCCAACUAGACCCUUACCCAUCCAGUAAUCAAUGGUUACAGCUAUGAUUUAUUUUUUGAUUCAUUAUUUGCCAAAAUAGAUAGGAAUAAAGAUGUUUCAUUUACUGGUUGAGCUUGGUUUAUGUUUUUUAAAUAAUCAUUAAAGAUUAAUUUGAGACAA